AUGUGUUUUCCUCCACAUUUGGUGAGUUUCUUUCUGGAUGAGGGCUAUUUUCUCUUGCAGGUAACCUUUGAGGAUGUGGCUGUGUAUUUCACAGAGGAAGAAUGGGAUCUUCUGGAUGAGAACCAAAGAUCUUUGUACAGGGAUGUCAUGAUGGAAAACUAUGAGAAUUUGUCCUCCCUGGGAAACCUUUUGAUUUAUCAGAAAAUCUAUGCAGGAGAGAAAUCAUACAAAUGUCAUGAGUGUGGAAAAUCUUUUGCUCGAAAGGCAAAUGUCCUGACUCAUCAGAGAAGCCACACAGGAGAGAAACCAUACAAAUGCGAGGAAUGUGAAAAAUGUUUUGCUGACAAGUCAGCUCUUGUGAAGCAUCGGAGAAGCCACACCGGAGAGAAACCAUACAAAUGCCAGCAGUGUGAAAAAUGCUUUGCUCGCAAGUCACAGCUUCAUAGACACCAGAGAGUCCACACAGGAGAGAAACCAUACAAAUGCCAGGAGUGUGGGAAAUGUUUUGCAGACAAGUCUGUCCUUCUGAACCAUCAAAGAGUACACACAGGAGAGAAGCCAUACAAAUGUCCUUGCUGUGGGAAAUGUUUUGCUCGAAAUUCAUUCCUAGUAACUCAUCAGCGAAGUCAUACAGGAGAGAAACCAUACACAUGCCAGCAAUGCAAAAAAUGUUUUGCUCAAAAGUCAAACCUCCUGAAACAUCAGAGAAGCCACACAGGAGAGAAACCAUACAAAUGCCUGCAGUGUGGAAAAUGUUUUACUGACAGGUCAGUCCUUGUGAGACACCAGAAUCUCCACACAGGAGAGAAACCAUACAAAUGCCAGCAAUGUGGGAAAUCUUUUGCUCAGAAGUCAAACCUCCUGAUUCAUCAGAGAGUCCACACAUGAGACAAACCAUACAAAUGCCAGCAGUUCAGCAUUCAAGCCUUUUGAGGCAUCAGAAUGUCCACACUAGAGAGAAAACAAGCGUGUGAACUACUUUGUGUUUGGAGAGACAGUGCACCUAGAUUCUGUCUUGUAAAACUAGUAUGUCCUUUGCUGAUUUUUUUUAAUGUCUGUUGUUGCAGUUUAUAUAUGACAGAGUCACAGGCUGAUAAGACUCUAAAGGCAACAGAGGCAAGAUUUAUUUCUUCAAACUCCAGCAGAACAUUGUGAACUAGGUCUGACAGCAGAAGCUUCAGCAAAUUAAAUGCAAUUAUAUGAUCAUUCAAUAAACCUUUGAAUUAUUUGGAAAUUUCUGUUUCUUGGUUGCCAUCCAAAGUCUAUGAAACAUGGCAUCAGUUAUAGAGAAGCAGUAUUUGUAUUAAUGAGGUUCUUUUUAAAUUCAGCUGGUUGUGACCAUGAAGGUAGUUUGUAGGUUCAUAUAAUUUGGGGGAUGCAGUCUAUAGGGAGAAACUGGGACAUUUUAAAGGCAAGUGAGAAAUUGGAACAAGAUUAAUCAGUAUGCCCCUGCCAAAUCGGGACAGCUGGAGAGUAUGGUGUAUGUGCCCUAUUACCUACCCAUCUUUCUUGUGGUAUUUCCCAUGGGAGGAUUUCCCAUAGGGGUGCCAAGAGAGGCUGGGUGACUGGGACACCCCUCCUCUGCCCCUGUUUCUGGCCUGGCGAGAUGCACCUGGUUGGGCACCAGCAGCAAUGAAGUUGUUUAAUGAAGAAAAAUUCUAGUUAAAAAUGCUUUUACUAUCUUAUAUAUUUCGGUUGUGCAGAUUUGUCUGUUUGUUUUAUAUUGUAUUGCAUUGGGUUUUGUAUUUUUAAUCUGUGUAAUUUGUGUCUAUCAAAUGUAUUUCAUAGUUUUAUAUAUGUAUCACUUGUUCCUUUUCCUAUGUACGUGUGUAUGUGUGUGCAUGUCUAUAAAUAUAUAUGACUGUAUGCCUUUAGCUGGAGUGAGCCAGUGUGGCAUAGUGGUUUCAGCAUUAGACUAUGAUUCUGGAGACCAGGGUUCGAAUCCCCAUUCUCAACAUGAAAACCCACUGGGUGAUUUUAAGGAAGCCAUACUUUCUCAGCCUCAGAGAAUAGUAAUGGCAACCAUCCUCAGAAAAAACAUGCCCCCCCCAAAAAAACCCCACCCUUUGUUUGGUCCGCCUUAGGAUCAUCAUAAGUUAUAUACAACUUGAAGGCAAAACAAUACACACAACACAUACCUUUAGU